AGAAUCACUAUGUCUGAAAAGUCAAAUAGUGAUUCUGGUGCACCACCAGCCAAGAAAAUGUUUGCUUUUCGACAGUCAGCAUUAUCCGCGAAGGCCGAUCAGCUGUGGAAUCAGAGAAAAACCGGCUCUGGUUUUGGUGUUACUCCGUCUGCACAUGUGCAGUUGGAAAAGAAAUCAUUAGACGAUGUGCUUGGACGAAUGGCUGCUGAAAAGAAGCAACGAGAAGAACGAGAAGGAAAAGGGCAGCCUUUAUUUGUAUUUGGAUCGAAGAUAUCAGAUCGGGUUGUUAAAGUAAAUAGAUUUUGA